CCCAAACUACGGGAUAAAAAACACACCGGCUGUUGCUACACCCUACCGUGGCUGAAUCUAUCGGGAUUUAAAUGCUGAUACACGUUGCUCCUGCUCCACAAGACACAACCCCUUAAGAGUUCGCGUUUAAAUGUGUUUUCCUCACGCUGAAGAUAUUUCUUCCACCGUGGCAGGAAUCCCACAAAACGAAAACGGCUGUCGUUGGACAUGAACGACUUGCCGGAGAAGCCAUCAGUGUUUCUGCAAGGGGUAGCUAACCAGAAACCACGAUUUUAAGGCCGCUCUGUCGCCCGUGUAGUUCGCGGCUAUUUUGACAUCGCAGUACGGUGUUAUAACAAAGACAGUCGCACAAAGGCCGCGAUUUCCCUCUCCUCUUGGCCAUGCGAGGAGCUCGGAUAUUCGUAGAAGAAUGUUUCGCUUUCUCUCGGCGUUAGCUCAGCCGCGCCUCCAUGGCCAACAGUAACAACAUGCUCCUGGCCUCCGCCGUGGUGGUGUGGGAAUGGCUGAACGAACACGGCCGGUGGCGGCCCUACAGCCCCGCCGUCUCCCACCAAAUAGAGGCGGCCAUUCGGAGCAGCGACCCCCGUGGAGGGAGCGUAGUCCUCGGCCAGGUGGACAGCCGACUCUCGCCAUACAUCAUAGAUCUCCAGUCCAUGCACCAGUUCAGACAGGACACAGGUAAGACAGGGAGAGGGGAAAGACUGUGUGGAAAGAAUGCACUGUGGCAGAAUAUCUUGUUGGAGCUUUUUAAUUAGGAUGCAGGCCCAUAAAACUUUCCGUGUAACAGGAGAGUGCUGUGACUGGCUCUAAAAUGGUAUUAUGGUAUCUAAAGCUGUUGUGCACUGCUGUACAAUUUUCUCUCUUUAACAAAUUUAAGUUGGUUGCUGUUGAUCAUGGUCGUGACUUUUUAGUGAUCCUCAUGGCUUGAAACAUUGUUGACCCCAAAAGACACAUGUGUGUGACUCUUACUUGACAAGGGUGUAACCUCCUCUGCAUGGAUGUCUCAUGUAAAAAAAAAAAAGGAUCUUGUUUUAGAUCCAGUUGAUCUAGUCGUUUGCACAGACCUAGACUUAGAAGUACUUUGCAUCUCUUGCAGGUCUAAGGCUAACCUAAUAGGCCAAGCAUAGA